CGGAGAAAAAAACACAUGGGCUCAAGGCCCAUUAUUAAAGUCAUCAAAUUAGAAAAUCCAAGAACUGAAUUUCAAGAAUUUGACCAUUACAAUUCUAAGCCUUUCUCUUCUCCAUCUCAAAAAUCAUCAAUGGAACUCAAAAAAUUCCUAUCAAUUCACAUUUUAUGUGUGUUAAUUUUUGUGGGGUUUCUUUAUUAUGUUACAAUAUUCAUUUUCUUGGAUGAUUUGUUUAGUUUGCAAAGCUCAACUGGUAAAUUUCACAGUUUGUUCUUCACUUUUGUAGCUUCUCUUUGUGUUUUCAGUUUCUUUGUUUGUGUUUUGAAAGACCCUGGUGGGGUCCCUUCUUCAUAUUUGCCUGAUGUUGAAGAUCAUGAAGCUUCAGAUCAAGAAUCCAAAAGAUCUGGUUUGCUUAAGAAGAAAUGUGAUAAGUGUUCGGAAUACAAGCCUCCCAGGGCACAUCAUUGUCGCAUCUGCAGAAGGUGUAUUCUGAGGAUGGAUCAUCAUUGUGCCUGGAUAAACAAUUGUGUUGGUCAUAGGAACUACAAAGCCUUUGUAACUUUGAUCUUCUAUGGAACUAUUGCUGCAAUCUAUUCCUCGGUUAUAUUGGUAAGCAAUGCACUGCAUAAGGAUUGGAAUUUCGAUGGAGUGACGCCUCUCAAGCUAUUUUACAUUGCAACUGGUGUUGUGAAUAUUGGCUUAAGCGUGACAUUGGGAACUCUUCUGGGCUGGCAUAUCUAUCUUACAAUUCGUAAUAUGACAACUAUAGAGUACUACGAGGGAAAACGAGCAGCAUGGUUGGCGAGUAAAUCUGGGCUGAAUUAUCAUCACCCUUAUGACGUUGGCGCUUAUAAAAAUAUUAGUCUGGUAUUAGGUCCAAAUAUGUUAAAAUGGUUAUGCCCCACGGCGGUGUCCCAUAUAAAAGACGGACUCAGCUUCCCUACUUCACGUGAGUACUCAUAAUGCGGUCUCCAUCGGAAAGUUUCAGCAGCAAGUGUAAAUGUUAGUCCAAGAUCGUUACUUCUUGGAGCAAAAAUUUGAAAAUGAUGGCGACUGACAGCAGCAGAUGCAGAUAUCACUCUAACUUGCAAGAAUAUUUGCAGUUUCAACUAUUGUCUCCGAAACACGGUACCCAGGUUGGAGAUUUUCCAAUAGCAUAUCGGUCAACUGCUGCGUCAUUCAAAACAAACCUCUUGGUAUAUGUUUGUCUGUUAAAGGAAUGCAAGAAGUGAGAUUGUUGUACAGGUUAUAAUCAUAUUGUUACUACAUUUUUUAAAACUUUAUCCCCUGUAUUCAAUUGGUGAGAUGUAUCCAGAGUUAUCCUCUGUAAUAUGUUGAAAGUGAAUGGUAUAGAGUCGCCUUUGUUAGGGAGCGUUUCACCCCCAAUGUCGGACUUUGCAGUCCGAUUCCGAAUUUAGUCGGGCUCCAAUGUGGAUACUAGAUACCGGGUGGGAAACGAGAAAAAAAGAAAGAAAGAAAGUGAAUGUAUUCUUUCAGGCAAAUGGUUCUUUUCCGUA